AUGGCCUCCCCCGCCCCAGAGAGAAACGCCAUGUCCGAGUCCGUCACCAUCCCGUCCGACAGCGAAAACUACGACGGCAACAACGAGCUGUCGUCGUCGCCGCCCUCGUCGUCCAGCUCACCCGUCAUACUCUACCACCCGCCCACCCUAUGGGGCCUGAUGCGCGGCGCCGCGAUAAACCUUGUUCUCCCCUUCAUCAAUGGCUUGAUGCUGGGCUUUGGCGAGCUGUUUGCUCAUGAGAUUGCCUUCCGCCUCGGCUGGUCGGGUACCAAGGUCUUUCCCGUGCACCGAUCCAACACCCGGAGAGUCGGUCCCGGUGUGCAGAUGCAAAGCGACCCGGUCCGCAGGCGGAGACGGAGUGGCGAGGAGAUCGACAUGUACGCUGCUUUGGAGUGA